AAUCAUUUGCAGCUCCUUUUCUUUUUACCUUUAUUCUUCUUUUGUUUUUCUCUGUAAUUAAACCCUAAUUUUUGUCAAGUUAGGGUUGAUGUGUCUGGUUUUGAGAUUAUAGAGUUUUGGGUUAAAGCCAUAUCACAACUUGCAGACGAAUUUUAUUCUUCUAGGGUUUGUCGAUGUUAAAUCAAUCUGUGCUUCAGAUGCAAACGGAUUUUGUUGUUUUAGGGUUUCUCGAUGUCAUAUCAAUCUGUGCUUCUGAGGAUCCGCAUUUGUCAUCGUAAGUGGUGGUUUACAGAAGCAAUAAGCUUCAAGAAGAGAGCUUCAGGGGAUUGACUGCAAUGGUGGAUGUAUGGUGGUCACUGUUGGGUGCUGCGAUCCCGGCUGUCGUUGCAGGGCAAGCUAUAAGGAUGAAAAGAAGGCGUGCGGAAGAGCAGAGGCUCAAGGGUGGUCGUGGCCGUGGAAGGGAGAAUAGCUCCGACGAAAAUUUCGUCUGCGAGAGGGUUUGUACAUCGAAGAGGAUGCUGAAGAAGGUGGGUGCAGUCUCCAAGGAUCCAACUCCUGAUACCUGCGUUACCGUAUGCAGUGUCUCUCAGAUUGGCGCCUGCAUUGACGCCUGUGCUCGUACUGUCUGCGUUAAUCAACACCAAAUCCCCAAUUGGAACGACGUUUGCCUUCGCAAAUGCCAGAACGAAUGUCUCAAGCUUUCUUCUUCUUAUUCUUCUUAGAAUCCUUCUUUGUAUUCCCUCUUAGAAGAAUCGAUUGCUUUUGGUUUUGUGA